UAGAGGGCUGGCGGUGCACGUGCAGGAGCGCUGCCUGAGAGCCACGGGGAUUCCGUCCAGACUCCAGCGCCAGGCCUAGACUCCGACCUAGAGGAGAAGCUCCGCGGGAGUUCUCGGGGUCCGACCCAGCCAAGGCGAGAGCGGGCCAGGCAGCGGAAGCCCACGCAGCAGGACGCGGCAGCGGUGGCUGUGAAGGUGUCACCGGAGGUGGUGGCGGCGAUGGCUGGGACACCGGCUAAGGCCGAGGGGGCCGGGUGGCUCACCAAGAAACUCCUCAAGGUGGAAGACGUCAUGAAGCUGCUGUGCUGCAUCUCUAAGAAUAAGAAGAUAAAGCUGGCUGUCAGGUACUCUGUGAGGAGCGCCCUGAUCACAGGAGGUGUGGCCUUCAUCUGUGGUCUGGUCGGGGGCCCACUCGGACUAGCUGUUGGGGGGGCUGUCGGGGGACUCUAUAGUGCAUGGAUGAAAAGAGGACAGUUCAAGCCGAUUCCUGAGGUCAUAAUGGAGCUGCCGCCCAGUGAGCAGCAAAAGCUCUAUAAUGAAGUCAUGGCCAUCCUCGGGCACCUGUGCUGGAUGGACACUAUGGAGCUGACCAUGCUGGUCAUGAGCAGCAAAGCUCUGAAGCAGCAGCUUCUGGCCAUGGUGAAAGAGUUCCUCAAAGGCCUUGCACAUUGA